GUUUUUGGUCUUCCUAAGAUUUAUUGUUAAGAUUACUGUAGGGGCAGAUCUCAUUUAUAAAAGCUUUAUCGUGUCUUAUAAAUACAUGUGACACGUUGUACUCUUCCAUGGCACCAAAGUCAAGAGGCACACACGGGACAUUAAAUAUAAGAAAGGCUUUUUUUUCUUUCCCUUUUUCCAUCCCUCUCUUGUUGUGCUCGCCGGCUCUUAUUGGUUGAAGUUAUUGCUGCCAUGGUUGGAAAUUAACAUAAAGGAGGCAAGUGGCGAAAAGAUCCGCUUGGGGGCAAGCUGGUGAUGCGUCAUAGCUCUUGGUGAAAAGAGGAGACAAAAAAAGGGACUAAAAUAUCGCCGAACCUGAGGGUUAAUGUGCACCCAUGGCCAAGAAGUCACUCGUGGUUUCAGAGCAGAGCGCAAAAGUGCCACAGGUGAUAGGAGGCAUGGACGCAGAGAUGAGGGAGUCCUGAGCGCCCUAUGUGCCGCAAAUAAGCAACAAAAAUUCUCCAAACUAAACUUUGCCAUGUAAGAAUAGUGAGCGAAAUCUCUGCAAGCCGCAGAAAUUCUACGAGUUCACCACGUCACUUCUCGGGAGAUCAUGAAACAUCAUCGGACGCGGCUGAGCCGAGGACAAGUUGAGGAAGCUGAGGAAAGCCAUCUUCACCGAUGAAGCAGCCAAGUUCCUCUGCGCCUCUCCCUUUACGCACAGGCGAGGUGAGGACGGAGAGCAUUACAUCAAUGUAGAGAAAACACCAAUGAGUCAUCCGAGGUGUUGAAAAGAUCGGCAGCAGACUGGGAGAAGCACAACUUCAAUUCUCAAUCGAAAAUCUUUUUUUUAAAAAAAGCACAAAAUGGAUGGAGAAGGAGGAUCAUCCGGUCUGGCCAAAUCAGCCGCAGUAAAACUGUCCGAGAUGGGCGAAAGAACCAAGCAGUUAGGCACCGCGAUAAGGGAUCCUCACCAGCAAAGACGGAUCAUAUUAGUGAUUGUUUGCGUGGCUCUGCUCUUGGACAAUAUGCUCUACAUGGUAAUCGUGCCAAUUAUUCCAGACUAUCUUGCUGAUCUGGAGAGUGAGCAGUCAGAGCACGUCCACUUAGUGAUGCACCCAAACUCUUCAGCAAACAGCACAAGCCAAGACAAAAGCAACAAGGACAAUUUAGAUGUCCAGAUAGGAGUACUGUUCGCGUCUAAAGCCAUCCUGCAGCUGUUGGUCAACCCGCUGUCUGGAACUUUCAUAGACCGGGUCGGAUACGACAUUCCACUUUUAAUUGGACUGACUGUUAUGUUCCUGUCCACCUGCAUAUUUGCUUUUGGGGAGAAUUAUGCGACGCUGUUCAUGGCCAGAAGUUUGCAGGGCCUGGGCUCCGCAUUCGCGGACACCUCUGGAAUCGCGAUGAUCGCAGACAAAUACACGGAGGAGGCAGAGCGGAGCAGGGCUCUCGGCAUCGCUCUGGCGUUUAUCUCUUUCGGGAGCCUGGUGGCGCCUCCCUUCGGGGGCGUCCUGUACGAGUUCGCGGGCAAGAGAGUGCCCUUCAUCGUGCUCGCCUGCAUCUGCCUGGUGGACGGCGUCCUGGUCCUGGCCGUGAUCAAGCCGUUUUCCAACAGGACUAGAGAGAACAUGCCAGUCGGCACCCCCAUAUACAAACUCAUGAUUGACCCGUACAUAGCCGUGGUGGCCGGGGCGCUGACAGUGUGCAACAUCCCCCUCGCCUUCCUAGAGCCCACCAUAGCCAACUGGAUGGAGACCACCAUGCACUCCACUCAGUGGGAAAUGGGACUCACCUGGCUACCAGCAUUCUUCCCCCACGUCUUCGGCGUGUACAUAACAGUGAAACUGGCGUCACGGCAUCCCCAUUUGCAGUGGUUCUACGGAGCUGUGGGUAUGGUUAUCAUAGGGGCGAGCUCCUGCACAGUCCCUGCAUGCAAAACUUUUGGACAGCUUAUCGCCCCGUUGUGCGGCAUUUGUUUUGGCAUCGCUCUAGUAGACACUGCCCUGCUGCCGACACUUGCGUUUUUAGUAGACGUGCGUCAUGUUUCCGUUUACGGUAGCGUUUACGCUAUAGCAGAUAUUUCCUACUCCGUCGCGUAUGCCAUGGGUCCAAUAGUGGCCGGGCAGAUUGUGCACCAUCUCGGUUUUGUACAACUUAACCUGGGCAUGGGUCUCGUCAAUGUGCUUUACGCACCAGCACUGCUGCUGCUGCGCAACGUGUGCCAAAUGAAACCGUCCCACUCAGAGAGAGAUAACCUGUUAGAGGAAGGUCCGCAGGGGCUGUAUGACACCAUAAAAAUGGAGGAGAGGAGAGCUAAAAAGAAGGGCUACAGUUCAGCAGGGAACUGCCUGCCAGUAGAUGAAAACGGGUUCGACCCUUUCAGAGCACAGCGGUCCUUGUCAGAAGAGUCGUCCGGUCCGGAGUGCACUUAGACCGGACACUCUCUGAACCGCCACCCAAAACAUUCCCCAGGGGAAGACACGGAGACGAGGCAGGCAGGUUACAAACCAGUGAUUUAAACUUUUAUGUAAGUACCGACGUGCAAUAUAAAACACCCAAUCACCAAAAUCAUGAUUGUGUGACCCGUUUUCCAAAGUUUCUUUCUUUCUUUCUUUUCUUUUUUUAACAUCUUUUUUUGUUGUGAUUUCAUUGUGUCGAACAAGUCUGUGUAGCGUUUGUCAUGGACGUAUAACUGGAGUUUCGUGCGAGAUCUAUCAGCUACUGUUGAAUUUGUGUGUAUUACUGAGUAUUAUAUAAAUAUAUAUAUGUAUAAAAGAAGAUAUUAAUAGAUAAAUGUGCAUACAAGAUUAUAUGGGACCAACUAUUAACAGCACAUUUUCCUCCCUUACACAAAAUAGCCUAUAUUUUUAGUCUCCGAGGAAACUUUUUUUUACUCGCACAUCAAAGGCCUCGUUUUCUUUGUCACUGUUUAAAAUUUCGUGACUUUUGAUUUCGUAACUAGUGGGCCUGUUUGUUAUUAUUUUUAUUCGUUUUAAAUUAAUUGUACAUUAUGAUACAUUGAUUUUGUACAUAUGUGGAUAAAUGCACAAUGUAAAUUGUUAAAAUAUUACGUGGACCUCUGCGGAGUGUGUGUGUGUGUGUGUGUGCGCGCGCCGACGUGUGUUAUUUGGGAGCGCGCGUGUACGUGUGCGUGUGGAACAUUUUUUUUGUCAAGAAGUAGCUAAUGAAGUCAGCCUCCUUAAAGAUGAACAAAUGUGUAUUCAUUUAACAAUUUGUGGUUUUAAUAAAUCUCUGUUUGGA